CUGGCACGGUCUGCUUCUGCUACAGGCUACUACUGAGACUGUGACCGAGUGAGAAUGUGAGCUUACUCCGUCGGGUUCCGCCAUUUUUAUGCUUCUCUCUAUCUCAGUUCUCACACCGAAAGCUUCAGUUAUUUAUAACAAUGGAGGAGAACGGAGCGCUCUUCCUCUUCUCUCUCUCACUUCUACUUCUCCCGCUUUCCUCCUCUUCCGCUCAGAUGCAAGGUUUUGUAAGUUUGGACUGUGGAGGUUCAGAAAAUUUCACUGAUGAGAUUGGUCUUAAAUGGAGCCCUGAUGAUAAGCUUCCUUAUGGAGAAGUAAGCACCAUAUCAGUUGCGAACGAGACACGGCGGCAGUACACCACGCUUAGACACUUCCCUGCUGAUACCAAGAAAUACUGCUACACACUUGAUGUUGUGAGCAGGACAAGGUACCUACUGAGGGCCGCAUUCCUGUAUGGGAACUUUGAUAAUAACAAUGUUUAUCCUAAAUUUGACAUUUCUGUUGGGGCUACACAUUGGUCUACCAUUGUUAUAUCAGAUGCUAACCUUAUAGAAAUGAGAGAGCUUAUAUUUUUGGCCUCAAGUUCUGCUGUGAGUGUGUGCUUAUCGAACGCCACAACAGGGCAGCCGUUCAUAUCUACACUUGAGCUCCGGCAAUUCAAUGGUUCAGUUUAUUAUACACAAUAUGAGGAACAAUUUUACCUCAGUGUCUCUGCACGGAUAAAUUUUGGAGCAGAAAGUGAUGCUCCAAUCAGGUAUCCUGAUGAUCCUUUUGAUAGAAUAUGGGAGUCAGAUUCUGUGAAGAAAGCAAAUUUUCUUGUUGAUGUUGCUGAUGGUACCAAGAAAAUCUCUACCGAAGUACCAAUUGAUGUUAACAGAGACGAAAUACCCCCAGUGAAAGUGAUGCAGACAGCAGUAGUUGGCACAAAUGGGUCUCUAACUUACCGGUUGAACUUGGAUGGUUUUCCUGGUACUGGUUGGGCAUUCUCUUAUUGUGCAGAAAUUGAAGAUUUGGGUCCAAAUGAUUCCAGAAAAUUUAGGCUAGUACUUCCAGGCCAGCCUGAUAUUAGCAAGGCUGUUGUAAAUAUUGAAGAAAAUGCUCAGGGAAAAUAUCGCCUCUAUGAACCAGGAUUUAACAACAUAUCCCUGCCCUUUGUGCUUUCUUUUAGAUUUGGCAAGACCUCUGAUUCUUCCAAGGGUCCUCUCCUAAAUGCAAUGGAGAUAAAUAAAUAUUUGGAGAAAAAUGAUGGCUCUAUUGAUUUAGCAGCUGUUUCUAGUGUAUUGUCACACUACCCUUCGGCAGAUUGGGCACAAGAGGGAGGGGACCCUUGUCUACCUGUUCCAUGGUCAUGGAUCCGCUGUAAUUCAGAUCCACAACCAAAAGUAGUUUCAGUCUUAUUGUCCGGUAAAAACCUGACUGGAAAUGUUCCUUUGGAUAUCACCAAAUUGACUGGUCUAGUUGAACUAUGGCUUGAUGGAAACAUGUUAACUGGCCCAAUACCAGAUUUUACUGGGUGCAUGGACUUAAAGAUCAUCUACUCUGGAAACAUUAAUCUUCACACGGGGAAAAGAAUAGAGGGCAAAACGUAUGUUAUUAUUGGUUCCACAGUGGGGGCUUCUGUUCUAUUAUUGGCCACUAUUAUAUCUUACUUGUUUAUGCGUAAAGGAAAUAGAAGGUAUUUUGAGCAAGAUCACAACUCUUCUCUCCCUACUCAAAAGCUGGCUUCCUGGAAAAAUGAUGAUCCUGCAGAAACUGCUCACUGCUUCAGUUUUUCCGAAAUUUUAAAUGCCACAAAUAAUUUUGAGAAAAAGAUUGGUUCUGGUGGUUUUGGAGUUGUGUACUACGGGAAACUGAAAGAUGGAAAAGAGAUAGCUGUAAAAGUUUUGACCAAUAAUUCCUAUCAAGGCAAGCGAGAGUUCUCCAAUGAGGUGACACUUCUUUCAAGAAUACAUCACAGAAAUUUGGUACAGCUUCUUGGGUAUUGCCGGGAGGAAGAUAGUAGCAUGCUCAUUUAUGAAUUCAUGCACAAUGGAACUCUCAAGGAACAUCUCUAUGGUCCAUUAACGCAUGGACGGAGUAUCAAUUGGAUUAAGCGGCUUGAGGUUGCAGAAGAUGCUGCAAAAGGGAUUGAAUACCUUCAUACGGGUUGUGUUCCUGUUGUUAUCCAUAGAGAUGUAAAAAGCAGCAAUAUUCUUCUUGACAAGCAAAUGAGAGCUAAGGUCUCAGAUUUUGGUCUUUCAAAACUUGCUGUUGAUGGCGUUUCCCAUGUUUCUAGCAUAGUUCGGGGGACAGUAGGAUAUCUUGAUCCUGAGUACUAUAUCUCCCAGCAACUGACUGACAAGAGCGAUGUUUAUAGUUUUGGUGUAAUUCUUCUUGAACUCAUAUCUGGACAAGAAGCAAUAUCAAAUGAAAACUUUGGUGUUAACUGCCGAAACAUAGUCCAGUGGGCAAAAUUUCACAUUGAGAGUGGUGACAUACAAGGAAUUAUUGACCCCAUGCUAAGGAAUGAUUACGACCUACAAUCAAUGUGGAAAAUAGCAGAGAAAGCAUUGAUGUGUGUUCAACCUCAUGGAUAUAUGAGGCCAUCGAUUUCUGAAGUUCUGAAGGAGAUCCAAGAUGCAAUAGCUAUUGAGAGAGAGGCUGAAAGCAAUUCACGUGGCUUGUCAAGAAAUUCUUUCCACUCUUCCGUGAACAUAGGUUCAAUGGAUCUAGGUGCCACUGAGAGUUACCUCUCAAUUGAUGAAUCCAUUGCACGCCCAACCGCAAGAUAAAUCUAUUGAUUUUUACAAGUUAUUUAUUUCUGUCUUAUUUGAUUUUUCUAUCCUUGCUUUCCUGUGUGGGGGAGGCCUUUAGUUUGUUCAUAUUUGGUCCAGGAUUGAUUCCUCCAAAACAACAAUGUGUAUGUAUUAUGUAUAUUCGAGUGAUAAUGCGUUCUGGAUUAGAAGGAAAUGCAUCAAUGACGUCGUAUUUAUUUAACUGAAUUGCCAAAUAAAGUAGCUGCUACAUUGUUUUUACA